CAUGAAAUUUGGAAAAGCAGUAGAUAAAAUCAACUGCAGAAGUCUGAGGGAACAAUUCAGCAAGUUGUGGCAAAGCAUUCAUUCUUCAUGUGACUCGUUAGCAUAACAAGAAAAUAGGAAAAUGACACGUACAAAUGUAAAGGACUGAGAGGAAUGAAGGACAGAUCUAACGAUUUCCUUUAGCCACAAUACUACUCUGCCCUGUUGCCUAUGCUAUGCCCCCUCCCCUGGCAGUGCCUGGGCGGCUCCCUUCCCUUUCUCACAACUGCUGGAAACAGUAACACUUACACAAGAAAUAUAGUGAAACAAUUAUUAAACCCUGAAGCGAAUAACGGGAGGAGAAUAGAAAAAGUGUACAUGAGGCAGAAAGUGAGGAAUAGAGGACAGGAGCACAGUGCAGGACUUGCAGGAGUAGGCGUAGGGAGAGCCCGCACACAAUACUGGGAAGUAGUGACUGAGAGGGACAGAACGUGAGCUGGUAAUCACACCCCUACUAGUGCUGAGCAUCUACAGCGCUGACCUCCGCGCCUGCUGCUCCCACGUUCAGGAUCUGGGUCGUGCCUCUCCACCGGCGCCCCAGCCUUACGUGGAGGGGUCGCGGAGAGGGAACAUGUGGUGGGAUGAGAGCCUUCUCGUCCUCUUCAGGAGGAAUCUGCAGCCCACACUCACCUACUGGAGCGUGUUCUUCAGUUUUGGAUUAUGCAUAGCGUUCCUGGGUCCCACACUUCUGGACCUACGGUGCCAGACACAGAGCAGCCUGCAGGACAUCACCUGGGUCUUCUUCUCUCAGCAGUUCUGCCUCCUGGUCGGGAGUUCUUUGGUGGGGGUCGUGAAGAAGUCGUUGAAGGUGUGUUUGUUUAUCCUCUUCGUGUCUUCUCUGAUCAUCUCCUUGGUCUUUGUUAUCAUUCCAUUUUGCCGACAUGUUGGCCUCCUUGCACUAGUGAUGGCAGUAGCUGGACUAGCCAUGGGAUCCAUUGAUACAAUCUCAAAUAUGCAGCUGGUAAAAAUCUAUAAGCAGGACUCAGCAGUUUUCUUACAGGUACUUCAUUUCUUUGUUGGGUUUGGAGCCCUGCUGAGUCCUUUAAUAGCGGACCCAUUCCUUUCGGAUACUAACUGCAUCCUAUCAAAUGCCACGAUGAAUGGAAGUAGGAACCUGGAGCACAUCAGAAACUCUAUCGUCCCUCAUCAUCUUGGGAAUGUUUCCCAGUAUGUGCUUCCCCUUAAUGGGGCAGUUUUGACAAAUGUGUCGUAUGCCUUCUGGAUUAUGGCUGCCAUAAAUCUUCCAGUGCCCAUAGCUGUUCUCCUGCUGAUGUACAAGAAAGACAUGUUGCUUUGCUGUUGGCGUAGAGCUGGGUCUCUGCUAUCUGCAGAUGAACUAGCAAUGGAAGUUCAGAAGGAUAAUGAGGUAUCUGACAGUCAGGAGACAGAAACACAAACACAGGAAGAACGUGGUGAGGAGAAAGGUCAUGGGAUGUCCCGGCUUUGCUGCCAGAGUAAAACGUUUUGGGAUGCUCCCUACACAUUAUUUGCGAUUCAUGCCUGUUCAGGAGCGAUACUGUUCAUGACUGACGGCAUUUCGGGGGAAUACUCUGGCUUUGUGUAUAGUUACGCUGUGGAAGAACCACUGUCUCUAGCUCACAAGACAGCAGGAUACCUACCCAGCCUGUUUUGGGCCUCGAUAACUCUAGGAAGACUCAUUUCCAUUCCUGUAUCCUACAAAGUGCCACCACGUUCUAUGCUGUUUAUUAACCAGAUUGGAGUGUCAGUGACAUUCCUGUUUCUGCUGUUGUCCCAGAACAGUAUCACCGGACUUUUCAUAGGAACAGCUUUUCUUGGUCUCUUCCUCAGUAGUGUUUUCCCCAGUAUGCUGGCCUACACAGAAGAUAUUCUAAACUACAAGGGAUGUGCCACUACGAUUCUUGUUACAGCAGCUGGGAUGGGUGAGAUGGUUCUUCAGAUCCUUGUAGGAACGGUGAUCCAAACAGAAGGAAGUUACAGUUUCUUGGUAUGUGGGGUCAGUCUCUCCAUACUGGCUCUCACACUCUAUGUUGUGCUGCUAAUAUUUGACAAUAUACAUCCCAGGGUUUCAGAAGACUCGGUGUGCAAAACCCCAGAGCUUGGCAGAGAUGCAAAUCCAUAUCAGCAGUAGAGUAACAAUCAUUUCAAAGACAGUAUCCGAGAACAUUAUGAGCUUUUGAAUCAAUUGUCUUAAAUGUCAGCUCUGCAGACUACUGCAGGGCACUAUAUAGCAUUCAAUAAUUUCAUUGAAAUGAGAAAAUAAUAUUUUAUAACGAGUCUUGAUUUUCUAGAACAUAUUAGUGAUGUGUAUUUUUGUGGUAGCACAUGAAAACGUUGCAGACAUUUCCUCAUCAAAGGACAUCACAUAACAACGCAAGCAAACUUCAAAGCUGGCCAUACACUUAAAGAUUAUCGUUCCAACCAUCCAACACUGGAAAAUGGCAAAAUAAGGUCAUUCAGACAAAUUGGUCAAAUCAUAUGGAUUUAACCAAUUUGCCCGAACAACCGUUUUAGUCUGUUUUCCAGUGUUUGGGAGCCAAUGGUUGAUUGUUAUUUGCUCCCAUACAUAUUACCAUAUUUCCACUCCAAUCAGCCAACCAGUUGGAUAAUUGGAAAGAUAAAAUGUAGGUGUAUGGUCAGCUUAUCACAGACCUUUUUAGGCUAAAACUAUAUAUAGCUGUGUUAUUAUCUUGGCAUGUUAACUGUUUCUUUGUAAAGCAAACAGAAUAUGGCUAUAAAUGGAUUACAAUUGCAUAAACUGCUUAAUUCAUAA